AUGUAUGAAACCUGGGAAUUUGUUGAAUCUCAACGACCUAUACUUAAUUUGGUCGAUAGAUUUAGUUCACUCACUGUUUCCGCUUCGCAAAGAUCAUUUAUAGUUAACUUUCCUUGUGAAGUUUUUAUUGAUAUUUGUAAAUUUCUCCCUCCGGUUGACCUUGUUACUCUUUCCGUUGUUUGUAAAAAGUUUCGAAAUUGGUUAGUUGCGCGUUCAAACUUUGGAACUGAGCAGAUUUGGAGAAUGGCAAGGAUCAGCUGGUUACCACAUCUCCGGACACCACCUAAGGGAAUGUCGGAGCAAUGUUAUGUUUUCUUAAAUUUAAUUGAAUUGGGUUGUCAAUUUUGUGGUAGUGGCAAGGUUUAUCCAAAUGGUCAAUUGCCAUACGAUACUCCAGCAAAGAUUUAUUGGUGUUUCCGAGUUCGUUGUUGCCAACGAUGCUUUUUGGAAAAAACAGUAACUUCAAAAGAAAUUGAAGAAGGAGAUCGGAUCAAUCGGGAUGUGCUUCAAGGACUUCCUUAUUAUUAUAAAAAAAAUCGACCUUAUAUUUAUUGGAAGAGUCAAGUAGAGGUAGCUCAUCAAGAAUACUCGAAGCUUGAUAAGAAGGAAAUUUAUAAAUGGUCGAAUGAAAAAUUUGAUCAAUUAAGUAAUCUAAAUAAGAUAAUUGCAAGUUGUUCAGUACCAAACCGAUCGGACUCAUCGAAAAAAUGUCAAAAAAGGUUGGAUUCUUUAAUGAACCAAUUAUCAUUCAUGGUUCCUAAUGAUGCACAUAGAACUCAACUUCAAGUAAUAGUACAACUCAAAAGGUGUCCCACUUAUAAAAAAUAUACUUCUAAUCAAGAAGCAAGGUUAGCGAUGAGUUUAUUUAAUGAGAACCACUGGAUUCGCUUCCAAAACUUUAUAAGACAAGAAUAUGAGGAGAAACGCAUAUAUGCCGCUUCAAGGGCACGACGAUUUGAUAUAUUUCGCAAGAUACAUUCAAUGAUUCCAGAGAGAUUCUCCAUGAAUGAUCCUUUGGUUCAAUAUCUUCCAUAUUGCCUAUCUUUCAAAAAACCACCAUUUCAUAAUCUUGAUCCUACAAUACCUUGGAGAGGUAAUUUCCUUGAAAAUACAUUAAUCCCUACCCUUUGUAGGGAAGCAGAAGCAAUCGCAAAAAUAGGAAAGUUGCAACCAAUUACAACGCCAUCGGGCGUAUUUAAAUUAUUGGUAAAUCGACGUGUUUUCCGAUGCAAGUUAUGCGUAGAGGCUCGCGCUAGAAAUGAUAAAAGACAAAUACCAACUAAUAACUAUGGAACGGUUCAGUCGCAUUUAAAUAAUUCACAUGGAAUCAAGAAAGUAGUUGAAAAGAAAAUGUUUACGGUUGAUUAUUUGGCAGUUGGCAUGAGUCUCCUAAAGCGAGAUUCUGAAUUAAUUUGUUUCUUCUUUCCACUUGAUGGCUAA